AUUGCUCAAAGUUGGCCAGGACUUCGACUUUGUAGGAGGCGUUUGUUUGUUCAGGUUCAUCUCAGACACGGCAGCCAACUCCUGCAGCGAACAUUUGAUGCACCUGAUCACCUCUUCAGCUCCUUCCCUCUCGUGGCCGUAGUCUCUGUCGCGAUCGUCGCCAGAAGAGUCAAAAGCCAAAAUGUUUGCCCUGAGGUCGCUCAGCAAAUACCUCUUCGGUAACGCCAACAAAGAAUCCAUCAUCGAACUGCCCCAAGGCCAGCUGUACCUCGUCCGCCCCCGAUCGCUCAAAGGUUAUUCGGAACUCAUCUUCAAAGACGCUGCCGCCUCAAUACGACGCACAGGCCAGGAAUACCAAUACCAACUCGUCGUCCAGCGAGUCUACGAAGAAGGCGAGGCAGAGCUCGUAGGAGAAGACGGUUCACAAGACGACAGACUUGACGGCGUGCUCUCGGACAAGGACGAAAAGACCUUCCUGCUUGACGAGGAUUUGCACUUCCGCGUAGACAUCAGAGACAACGGAGAAGUUGUUCUUGGCUGGCUCGAUCUCAGCGGCGACGACGGAGACCUCUUUGAGUUUGUCUGCGACUCAUCAGCAUCACCCGAAACCGCCUCCUCCUUUGCUCUCGUAGCCGCCCAGUGCCAGUACGAGCGCAAGUACCGCAAGCCUCGUGAUCUCGCUACCGACGAAGAACUGCGCGAAUUCAGCUUCGACCACGAAGAACCCAUCCCACAAGCCAGUCCCAUACAAAGCCCUUCUCGCUCUCCAACCAUCUCGCCGCCACCACCCAGUCUACGUAUGCCUUCGCUGAACCAGUCCAACUCGGGCGUCAAGCGCGGCCAAGCUAUGACAAGAACACCCACCAAGGCCGCCAAGGCCCCUCUUCGUGCCUACGAGGAGGCGCCAACUGUCGCUCCCUCGGCGAGCAAGGCUCCUGAGGCUCUCGAGACUCUGGCCGAUCAAGACGUCGAGCUCCACCUCUUCGACUUCCAGUCUGGUACUUUCGUGCUGCAAGACGAAAGCGUCAACGCUACUGUCACCGAAAUCGGCAACUGGAAAUACUGGCUCCAGCUCAACAGCAACGACAGAGAUUGGCUCGGUCAAGAAGUCGUUCCUGAGCUCAACCCCGUGUUCAACUUCGAGUACCUGUCGUUCAUCUUCAAUCACUACAGCGAGGAUGGAAAUGCCUACUCGUGGCUCUUGCGUUUUAAGAACAGAGACUCUUUGGAAGGAUUCCAGCAAGGUCUGAUGCAGGCUCUUUGGGAGCACUCCAACCAGACAAAAUGGCUCAAGGCAAAGGACACCGAAAGAGACUACGUUCUUGACGCCUUCAACGAUCUAGUUCUGGAAGACAAAGAGGACGAAAGAGAAGCUGCGGCUCGCGAAGAGGACGAACAAGAGGAAGAAGAAUACUAUGACCAGGAAGAGGAAGAUGACGUUGGCCAAAGAAGUGAGCACUACGACAGCGACGAAUCGGAAGAUGAUGUUAUCACCAGAGAUGAAGAUGGAAACGUCAACUCCCAACUCGCUGUUGGCUACAAGCAUGACCGCUCGUUCGUCGUCAGAGGUUCAAAGAUUGGCGUUUUCAAGCACACCCCUGACAACCAUCUCGAGUUCUCCACCAACAUCUCCAAGGUUGAGACUCCUGGCGGCAAGGUCUUCAACCCGAAAAAGAUCAUGCUGCACGCCGAGGAUCGCAACCUCAUUAUGCAGGAUGGAGACAACCCCAACUCGCUCUUCCGUAUGGAUCUCGAGUACGGCAAGAUCGUCGACGAGUGGAAGGUCCAUGAUGACAUUCCCGUUAACACUUUCGCUCCCGAAAAGAAAUUCAGUCAAAUGACAGGCGAACAAACCUUCUUGGGUCUGUCCAACAACGCUCUGUACCGCAUCGAUCCCCGCCUGCAAGGUGACAAGCUUGUCGAUUCGGAGCUCAAGCAGUAUGCUACCAAGAACGGAUUCACCGCUGCAGCCACAACCGACAAGGGAUAUAUCGCCGUUGCUUCAAGCAAGGGUGAUAUCCGCAUGUUUGAUCGUCUAGGAAUCAACGCAAAAACUCACAUUCCUGCUCUGGGUGACCCGAUCAUUGGUCUUGAUGUGUCAGCUAAUGGCCGCUGGGUCCUUGCAACCACACGCACCUACCUCUUGCUUAUCGAUGCUCUGCAGAGCGACGGCAAGAAUGAGGGUAAGCUUGGUUUCGAAAAGGCAUUCGCCAAGGACUCAAAGCCUCAGCCCCGUCGUUUGGGCCUCACACCUAGUCACGUUGCUCAGUUCCAGCAUGAGACCAAGGUUGCGUUGUCCUUCACACCUGCAAAGUUCAACACAGGACCCGAUGCCGACGAGACAACCAUCAUUACUGCCACCGGACCUUUCAUCAUCACUUGGAGUAUGAAGAAGGUUCUUGCCGGACGUAAGGAUCCUUACAGCAUCAAGCGUUACGCCGAAGACGUCAAAGCCGACAACUUCCGCUUCGGUAGCGACAAGAACAUCGUUGUGGCUCUGCCCAACGAAGUCAACAUGGUAGCCCGAAGAGCGCUCCAAAGACCAACUCGUGAGAGCAUCAUGGCCACCCCUAGAAAGACUGGUCGCGGCAGCUAUCUCAGCAGAAACGAUAUCGUCAACAGUCCUUACUGAGUAUGUUUGUAGAUUACGACGAAACGAAUAAUCUUCUUCGCGGAGGGGGAACUUUUGGAGGAUGGGAAGUUGUGCUUAGCUUUUCUACCUUAGAUACCACCACAGGACGUUUCUCUUCCACUUUUAAAUCAAGCUCACCAAGCCUUUCUAUUCCAC